UACGAUGAGGCGGUGGUAAUCAGUUUUAAAAUGAAUAAUGCCUUAUCAGAAGCAUGCACUAUUUGCAGUUAUAAAUUCAAUUUAAGUAACUUGAAACAGGAAAGUAGGCGCAAUAUUUUGAAGACUCACGACCAGGUGGAUAUUCUGCAUGAAAUUGCUCUGAUAUUUAACACUGAUAGAGAAUCGCUUUUGAGUGCACUUCAGGUACAGUUGCCAGAGUUGGGCAGGUCGGACUGUCAAUCUUUGGACCUUUUUCUUUUUAUUUGUAAAAGGUGUUACGCUCUACUUAAGCAGCAUGUGACUGCAAGGAACAAAGCCACUGAUACAUUAAAUUGCCUUAGGACUCGGGGAGUAGGCGGUUUAUUUGACAAUCAUUAUUAUGACGAACGAAGAGAGAAUAAGGCCAUCCAGUUGUCACCAUCAAGAGGAAAAAAAAGAGGCAGAAAUGUCUUGACACCUGUGAAGACGGGCUUCACACCUACUCCCAAGAGAGGAGUCUCUCGUCACCAUGAAGACACUGGGAGAUUCCGCCAUCGAAAGGGGUUAUUCACCAAUCUAAAGAUCGAGACCCCCAGGAAAACAUCGCCUGCUGACAACUCCACCAGUUCGGUUACAGUGCGGAUUGGUUACAAAAGCAGAAGUCGUAGUUCAUUCCUGUCUGGGACCGUGUGUAAAGUUGUCCGGGCCUUGGUGAUGAGACAAUUCAAGACUGCAGUCAAUCACCUGCUGACUAUUCCAACUGCCCUGAACUGUGUCAAAAAGUCAUUUUCUGACAUUGUUGAAGGCGAGAGCAAAGUUUUGUGUAGUCCUGGUUCCGCAAAUCUUUUGAGGUACAGAGAUGCCACAUCACUGUCAGGAUUUGACUGGGACAUUUCUCACAACCAUUUGAAAGAGAUAGCCCCAAACACCAUGGACAUCAUUGGAACCAUCUGCGGCAAGAAAUUGGUAACGCCAAGGAUUGUGUCGGCCAUGGCUGUUCUACUGUUCACAAGGAACCGCAGCAUGUGUACUGUCCAGAGCAUCAACAGCCUCUUUCUAUUCAACAGAGAUGUCAGAAGCACGGUCUACAGAUCGUUCAACCGAGCCGGCUGGUGUUUGUCACAUAAUGCUACAUUGGACAGAGUGGAUGGAGUAGGCGUGAACUUUGACAAGCCUGUCAGAGAAGGGGCAGCACUCACAGCUGGACAGGCCGACUACCAACAACCAUCUGAUCAAGACGCCUUCUCACCGAUCUCCGACCAUGGUUACGCCAGUGUACCUAUGUCGCCAGUGAAGUCUGCUGUACCAGAGAUCACAGAUCUAUCAUGCUAUGAUACCCUGUCUGAACAUCAUUAUGCUACAUUGCGGACGUCGACACCAAUCCAUCGUGGCUGUUCUCAGCGAUUGGAGACUUGUGAAAUGGAUGGUUUCUACCCACUGGAUUUGCAGGCAGAGAAUCACUCAGUACAUGUAGAUGUGUUUCCAUCUGUAACAGUUAUGGAGCUCACAGAUUCAGAAAUUGGAGCAUAUAUCGAGAUCGAGACAGAGGUAGAACACAGCACAGCGAGGUGACACACUCGACUCUGACUGACUACAGAGCCAAAAGGAAAGUAUGUGGCUCUGUCCUCGAUGUACACUAGAACGAAAAAAAGAUGUGAUCUUUUCCAUUUGCUGCACGUCCUACGUCCCUUCUUGCUGUUCUCAACCCUGUUCUUGGAGAGAACAUUUUUUCAGCACAUUGAACACAGCUUUGCAUAAACUAACUGACUCGCCACGUGUUUGUGAAUGUGUGAGUGUCUGCUUAAAUGUAAAUGUAUUGGCACUUUCAUGCUUCAUUUGCCAUCAUCCAGUAGUCAGUUCAUGAUCAGUAUGCUUUCUUACAUUCCAAAGAAAUCCUUGCACCUGUAGCUAUUUAUUUGAAAUGUGUUAAUUUCAACAUUCAAGUUACUAGGUCUAUAUCCUCGAAGGGGUGAUUACUCCCAGUUUCAUUGCACACUGUGCUUGUAUUAUGUCCACAGUUUCCUGGGUUCUUUGGCUAAUUUAGAACAGCAAUGCAAAUAUUCUCUGUAAGUAUUUUGUAAAAUUGAAAUGAUCUACUUAUGAUAUUAAGGCUAUUAUUAUAUGUUCCAUUUAUAGUGUAUUAAUAAAAGGUAUUUAUUUAAAAAAAACGCUAUGAACAAGACUGCUAAAACUACGUACGUCAUGUAAUAGAAUUGUGUCAUUCCAUAGUGUGUACAAUCAUAGUUUCCCUAACCAUUUUUUGUAUGCUGCCAAUUAUGUAAAAAGUGCUGUGUUAUAAUGAGCCAUGUGAAACAUUUCAAUUCAUUUUGUUCAAUUACAAUAUGAUGACAUUUUGGCAUAGAAAUAAAAUCUGUAAUUUUAAAUUUCUAUUAAA